AUGUCCUUGAGGAAUGGUUCGGACCCUCGUGAACCAGAGUCAGCGCCUCGAAUAGUCAAGCUUCCACGCCAUCGUCUCCGCUCUGUCGCUUCGACCCUCAAAUCCCUCCACCGUCUCCCAUGUCCACCUCCUCUCCCAACCCACCUUCUCACCGUCGUCUGCAUAUCAGACACACACUGCACGCAUCCGCCCAUCCCACCCGGUAACCUCCUCCUUCACGCUGGAGACCUAAGCAAAUGGGGUACGUUCUCCGAGAUACAAGCCCAGCUCACAUGGCUAUCGGAACAGCCACACAAGUACAAGGUCGUUAUAGCUGGAAACCACGAUCUACUCCUCGACCCCGAGUUCAAAGAACAGCAUCCAGAGAGGUGGCGAGAGGCCGCGCAAGCGGCAUCUGAUGAUAAGCACAUCGACUAUAUUGACCGUCCAGCCGCCCAUCUCGAUUGGGGAAACGUGAUAUACCUCCAGGAUUCGUCCGUCACCCUGUUGUUUCAUGGGGAUCGCAGCCUUAGGAUCUAUGGCUCACCGCUCACUCCUCGGUAUGGCCUCUCCGCUUUCCAACAUCCUCCUUCAAAGGACGUUUGGACCGACAAGGUUCCCCCACACACAGACAUCAUCCUCACGCACGGCCCACCUCGAGGCCACCUAGAUGGAUUCAAGAAGUCUGGGUGCGCGUUUUUAACGCAAGAGGUCGUGCGAGUGCAGCCUUGCUUGGUGGUCUGCGGGCAUAUACAUGUGGGAUACGGGACUGAAGAGCGCGUUUACGAUCAGGUGGGAAUAGCCUAUGAGCAAAUUUCUGGGCAAGGAGCUGGAUGGGGGACUUUACUGGGCAUGGCGUGGGGUGUCACGUGGGGAUAUCUGAUUCCUAGAUCAUGGCGACGGUCAGAGAGGAAAACGACUUUUGUCAAUGCGGCGGUCGUGGAGGGAUGGGAGAAUCAUAGGGUGAAGAACGAAGCCGUUGUUUUGCAGGUAUGA